UGCCAUGACUAGCCUCAGGAAAGUUGCUUAAUGUUUGACAAAUAGGAAGAAGGGCCCUGGCUGCCAUAUCUCUCUGUCUAAGACAAGUUAACCACGUUCUCGGUUCUCCUUUUAUACAAACCAUUUGGCUGCCGUUUGGAAGGAAACCUAUUAAAAUCGGACUGAGGAGCGACAGACACCAUGGAGGUGCUGGUGCUGGUAGACUUCGAGGGCACCAUGGCAGACGAGCUCAUAGUGAAGGCAGGGGACGUGGUCCAAAACGUCACCAAGGCCAGCGAGGAGGGAUGGCUGCAGGGGGAGAUUAGAGGAAAGAGAGGCCUUGUCCCUGCCAGCUUUGUCAAGGAAGUGCCAUCAGAGUUAACAGGUGGCACCAUGAGGGAACCACGGAGCCUUCGAAAACCAAAGGCAACUAAACAGCCGAGGAAAUGCCAAGUAGAAUACGCUUACAGUCCCAUGAAUGCAGAUGAGAUGGAGCUGGUGGUUGGCGAGACGAUAGAAAUCCUCAAAGAGAUUGAAGAUGGUUGGUGGAUGGGGAUGAAAAAUGGCAAAGUUGGAGCAUUUCCAUCAAAUUUUGUCAAGGAAAUUGUUGUUAAUAAAGAAAACAAGCCCAAUGACGUCAAGGGAAGAUCCAAGUUGUCUAAUGUAGUAUUUAAUAAGGAGCUCUCUCACAAAGCAAGUGUGAGGAACAAACAAAAAAAUGUGGUGGAAUAUUGUCAUGCCAUGUUUGACUACAAAGCCAAGACAGAAGAUGAGUUGGAUUUGAAAAAGGGCGAUGUUGUUGUGAUACUGAAAAAGGAAACAGAAGAUGAAGGCUGGUGGGAGGGAGAGCUGAACGGGCGCUGCGGCUUUUUUCCUGACAACUUUGUCAUGGUGAUACCACCAACAGACAGCCUACAAUUUGGGACCACGACCCAGCUUCCUGCGCGCAGCAACAGCAAGAAGUUAUCAGACGUUUCAGCAAUGGAAACGUGUAAGGGUGGACCAGCAAAGGCGAAAGAUGAUAAAACAGAUGGUAGAGACAUGAGAAGCAUUCCCCCAACCAAAGUCAAGCUGCCAUGCAUCAUCAAGCCCAGCCCACCUCCAGUCAAAGACAAACCUAACAGAGGCAUAGCCAAAACCAACGGGGAUGUGCCUCCUUCCUCACCAAAGCCAACGGAGGAGAAAGAGGAGAAGGAUCAGUUUGAUGGGCUGGAUGUGCAGACUGAAAAGCUGAGCCACCCUACAGCCAACAGAGCCAAGCCCCCACAGAGGCGGCCACCAUCAGGCCUGGUCACAGGAGUACAUUUUGCCGAAGACCACACAGAAGCAGAAAAAAAGCCACAAACAACAAAAUUGUCUGGCUUACAAAAGGGUACAGAAAAUCUUGCCUUAUCACCUGCAAAGUCUGAGUCUCAAGCCAAGACACCGCCUCCAGUUCGACCGACCCCACCCAAAGUAGCUGUGGAUGGCAAAGCUGCAACCAGUAAUAAUGAGCCAACUAUGGAAAGCCUGCAGGCUGAGAUCAAAGAGCUAAGGAUGGCUCUGGAGCUGCUACAGACACGACAUGAGCAAGACAUGCAGGAAGUGAAAGCGGAACUCAGAGAAGAGAAAGACAAAAGGCUGACGCUGCAGGACGAAGUCAGCUGCUUAAAGAUGAAGCAUUAAUAGCAACACACACAGUGGCUGGGCUGACUGACACUGUGACAUGCAAGCCCUUGAACUGCAUAUUAAAACAAGCAGAACAUUUUUCUUACUCAUGCUGGGGAUGGAGAGGACAAGUGAGCUCUUGGGUUAUGGUUAAAAAGUGUAGUUGAAUCAGUUUACUCCUGCACCGGACUGGAGAAAACUUGUCUUCCAAAAGAUCGUUAUAGUAAAUUGCGUGAUGUACUUAAUACUAGAAAUCACAAAUGUUGACCCUAUAUAAGUGUUGCUAGGUAGCAAAUUAAUGUUUUACAUAUUUUGUCAUUUUAUAUUUUUGGCUACAGGUUUUUACUGUACUUUAACAUUUAUAUGAUGCCUCAGCAGAAUAUGUAAAAUAUGCAAUAUAUGUAUAUAAUUUGAAAAUAUUCUGAUGGUUUUUGUAAAGAACUAAAAGAUUAUUUUAAGUCAUCCAAGGCACAGUGAUAUCGGAAAUGUUAAUAAAUAAUGUGAAUUUC